GCUCCUUGUGCUUCCCUUUGAUAAAUGUCAAAUGUUCUGCUACACCAGACACUGUUCCAAGCACUGCAGGAACAGACUCCAACAGAACAACAGCAGUCUUGCCUUCGUGGAGUUUCUAUUCUUGCUGGGGAGAGGACUAGGGAAGGGGGUGUGACCAACAGUAAAAGGGGCAUAAUCUGUCUUCCUGAACAAACGCCAAGACCUGUGUCAACUACACAGACACAUCCUUUCCUACAGGGGCACUGGCUACAUGGGCUCCACAAGUCAUGCCCUGUCGACACGAAGUGGCUGUUCAUCAAGAGCUGCCUGACAGGAAUGAAGGAACUCCUCAUCGUGAGCUGUUCACGGACAUGUCAAGCUCUUCCAUCAGCUUCCCCAGCACCUGAUGUGAACAUGACCGAAAAGCUAGCAUGUAGUAAAGAAAGCCAGAAGGGGUUAAAAAUAUUUAACCUUGGAGAAGAAAAGCUUCAAAGAUGUGAAAUGUUCCCAGAUACAUUAAAUGGGAUGAAAUCCGUGCUCUGGAAAGGUGAUCUGGGGAGCUUCUUAGGGCCCCGAGAAGAGAGAAAAGAAAAUGCUCAGUUCCCCUUAGCAGUGACCAUGAUCCCAAAUCUCUCUGGUUUCCCAUAAACCUGCUCCAGCCUAGGAAUCUGCCAAAGACUCCCGCCUGUUUCCAACCCUUAACACACUCCAAGAUCAUAUAAAUGAGGCUUGCUCCACAUGCAGAGAUAGGCCAUCCAGUUCAGGAGCUCAGGAAAUACUUGUGGGUCUUGAAAGUGCCUGCCAGCCUCUAUAAAGUGUGGUGCGUUCUCCCAGGGUGUGCAGAAAACAGCUGGCAAACAGCCCUUGCCUAUGGGUCACACCUUGAGGUGACGGGUCGGGAAGAGAAAAGGAAAGGGCCUUCACAGUGAUACCCAAACCCAGCGUUUCCACACAGAGGGACGCAGGAGUUCUACAUCCAUGCUUCGCCAAGACUCACCAUUAACUGGACCGGAGGAACGUCAUGGAGAAAGGUGAACCACCCAAAACUUCCUUCUGGACCUCUACGCCUGACCUUUCAGCAACUGAUCUAAUGAAAAGCGGUGUGUGAGCGCCCCCUACUGCUCUUACCUAGAAUAAGACCCAGAGCAAGGAUUCAAAACAAUCUAACCCUAACCUAAACUUAACAAAAUACUUUUAAACCAAAUUAAAAGACUUUUGUCUAAAAUACCCAGUGAAACAGUCCAAACUGCUAGCCACUCAUUUAUUUUUCAAAAGCCUUUGAACUAGAACAAAACACAAUUAUCUUUACAGCUCUGGUUGCUAUAUUCCUCCGGAUCUCAGCGAAAAUCUGCCAUCAGUGAUCCAGAAAUACUUCCACCCUGCCAGAAGCUCAAUUUGUGGAUCUUUUUUUGAGAUGGAAAAAUCUGAGCAAGGGGUAUUUCCCUGGGCUCAGCAGGGCCCAGUACAUGUUCCACAGCCCAACAGAAUUUCUAUCCAUCUUCCUUUCCACUCACUGCUCCAAGCUAAGGUACGUGCAUCACUGUGGGCUUCUGCUGCCCUUUGCUUAAGCUUCCGCCAAAUGCAACCAGCAUUUAGCAGAAAUGCAUGGCUUAGGGAAGCAAGAUGAGGGGCAAAGGUGGAUCUUUCUGAAUCUCAGGUCAAAACUCAUAGUUCUGCCCAUGGCCAACGACUCAAGGAAACAUGUUCUCCCUCCAGUCCACAUUGGCCUCAGGCUCAGGAAUAAGAGAAAGCAGAUGGUUUGGCCCCUGAGAAAGGGAAAUGCCCAGGGGCUAUUGGGGGUAGCCAAAGAAAUAGGAAUGGGAAGGAUUUUGAAAUGCUGAAGGAGCCAUUCCAGAGUCCAGCUAGUGAAAGUUCAUUUUAGCCUUUUCCACGGUGGUGCCUAAGCCAGUGAGUUUAUUACCUAGCAAGAGAGGUCCUGGACCCAGCAUCUCAAAGCUUCAGGUGGAGAGUACCUUGGUUCCAGAAGGCAGUACGGGAUUAAGUGCACAGGCUUAAGGCCAGCAACUGGG